UUCUGGGAUGAUUGCGACAAUGCCGAUUUCGAAAUCCAUUGCGCUGCGGAAGUCUUCAAGGUUCACAAGGCUAUCCUUUGUUCUCAUUCUGAAGUCCUCGCCAAGAUAUGCGAUAGCCGCUCUUUCAAUGCGCUCUCUGGAGUCCUUGUCCUCAAAGUACACCCUUACCAAGGCAAGAUCGACAACCUUGGUGAUGGUUAUGACCCAGAGAUCGUUCAAGAGAUGAUCCACUACUUCUAUCACCUUGAGCUGUCGCCCAAAGCUAGAGUAAUCUCGCCUUGGAUGUGCGAGGUUGUCCACGUCGAACCGUCCCUUGUCUAUCCCGCCAGAAUCUACGUGCUGGCCGAGAAGUACUUCAUUGAAGGAUUGAAGACAAAAGUCAUGGAAGGCUUUGAUAAUAGUCUGUGUCGCGAGCCGAAGCACCCAGAACUCAUCGAAGCUUGCCACAUCAUCUACAAGAAGACCGUGGAGCCAGCUGGCGAAAAGGGCUUGAAGACCAUUGUGGCAAAGUCGUUGGCAGAGAAGUUGGAGAAAGUCAAGGAGUCUGAGAUGCACGACAAAUUAUUCCAAGAGAUCCCAGAGCUGGCUUUUCGCGUUCUGAAAGAGGUUCUCAAGCCUAGACCUGAACCAACUCUCUGCCCUUGUCGCAGCCCCUGGCGCUCAGAACAAAGCAAGUCUGCUCUGCUCCUUCAAAUGCAAGCAGGU